GGCAUUGAUGCCAAUUCCAUGCGUCAGUCUUUUACCAUCCAUUCUGCAUGCACUGUUCUGGAUUUCACAUAACAACACAAACACGCGAGCAUCUGAGCUAAAUAGUUAAGGUAAGUGUGGAAGCAGUGGAAAUGCGUAGAGAACCAGAGUUCGUAAAUGUAUACGAGAGCGACCGGGAGAGCGGGACUGAUUCCUCUUCCGAGGAAGCGCAGGACGAAGACGAGAAGCAGGAAGAGCAACCUUCAGUUUCGGCGGCUGGUACUGUCGGAAGAGGAACGGAUUGUAAUGCAGAACACAUAAACGAAACAUGCGAAGUCGAAGAGGUGCUUCCGAAAAAAGUGAACCAGAAUAUUAGGUGUUCUUCAGACCUUCCGGAGCAUUCCGAAUCGAGUGGGACUUACGACGGUGGCUCGGCUAGUAGCUGCUCUCCAAGCUCCCCUCUUAAAGAGCAGCUUGACGAAUGGAAACUGAGCAACAGCAUUUAUGUGCUAUUGAAAGAAAAAGGACUAGAGUAUGAAGACCUGAAACAAGUUUCAAUAGCAGAUGUAAAUGAACUGUUUGAACCCUGUCGAACGGGAGAGAAGUUCCGACUACUGAACAAACUACGUAAUUGGCCCUCAUCUGCACAGUACCAGCCUGCUAAAGAAAUUUGCUCUAAACUUAACUUCGCCAAGUCACAGGUUCAAGCGCAAGACCUCGACAGAUUAUUAAACGUUAACGAGAAAGGAAAAAUAAUAAUGCGAUAUUACAGUAAAUACCAAACUGUAAACAAAGUGAUGCAAAAAGAACUCAGUCAGAUUAUAGUCGACUCGUAUAUCGCACAAGGGAAAAAUUUCCCAGUCGCUGAUAUGGACAAAUUCGCAGAACUUAUCGUUGCUAAACUUGGCUCUGAAAGAAAAGAAACUUAUCUGUGUCCGCGUGAUAAAUCUAUCGGAAAGAUAAAUCCGUCAGGUCUGUUGUAUCAUCAGUACUAUAACUCAAGUGACCGGAAAGCUCUCCAGUCACCACGCAAGAAGAAAGUGAAACUGCAAAACUCCAACGAAAGUGACGUAUCCAAUCAAAAGUACGGCCCUGAAGAUUUAGUUUCGCUGAAGGAAGAUCAGGCAUGGCUACAAAAUAAUAACACACCUUUAGCCGAUGUCAAGGAGAAGUGGAAGAAAACUUAUCCGUUUCGGUUGCAGAUGAUCAAGGAAAUCCCUAAAGCACAGAAUAAAAUUUCUAAGUUACUGGAAUCUUGGCCACGUUUUGGAGACUCGGAAGGUCCUGUCUAUAAAAUCUUCAGAAGCGAUAUAAACUUUAUUUCUAUCUAUUAA